UACACCAAAAGUUGCUUUUCCGUGACAUGCACACACAGAUACAUAAAUGUAUAUAUCUUAAGAAAGCAGAAUGUCCCCAACUCCAUGUCACAAGGAACUGUACAAGAUGAAGGUCUUUAUUAGAAAGAGGAAAUCCUAUUCAGAGGGCACCAAAGAAGGACCGUCGUCAUCGUUCAUCCUCUAGCUGUUGUAGUACAGAGGUAUCCCCAAGCACGAUCUCUUGGCCUGAAUGCUUUCCAGACUGAUGGUGUUAUGCCGCAAAUGAAAUAGCUCAAUGUGGCAGUGUCAGCUUUGUGAGGCAGCAGAAAGACACAAAAGCCCCUUCUUCUAGCCCACUUGCCCCCGCCGUCAGGGCCCGCUCUUCCUUGGAGAAACCAACUCCCCUUUUUAGGCCGCCUCCUGGUCUCUGAGUCCAUGGAUGGGCUGUAGAGAGGGUUGCAACUGUGAAGAUGGACUCGAGCUCUUUCAAGGCCUCUGCGACCUCGAGUAGCUCCAGUGAUCCUCCCCAUGGGCUCAAGUUUGGGCGAAAGAUCUACUUUGAUGGUGGCAGCGGCGGGAGUGGGAGCUCCUCCGAGACACCGUCGGCUCCGUUGACGGAGGCGGCCACGCCACCGCCUCCGACGAAGAAGGGGAAGGGGGUGGCGCAGGGAGGUCAGCACCAACCACCUAGGUGCCAGGUGGAGGGGUGUAAUGUCGAUCUGACGGGCGCUAAGGCAUACUACUGUAGGCACAAAGUUUGUGCGAUGCACUCCAAGGCACCUAAGGUUAUGGUUGCAGGCUUGGAGCAGAGGUUCUGUCAGCAGUGUAGCAGGUUUCAUCAAUUACCUGAAUUUGACCAAGGAAAGCGCAGUUGUCGCAGACGUUUGGCAGGACAUAAUGAACGCAGAAGGAAGCCACCUCCUGGGCCGUAUGGCCGCUUUGCAUCAUCCUUCCAUGAACAACCUAGUGGAUUCAGAAGCUUUCUGAUGGACUUCAGUUACCCAAAUCUCUCAAGUAGUCGAAGAAAUCCAACUGCAACUGCUGGUGACGGGGUGGCCACUAAUGAGUGGCACAGGGGCUUGGAUGCUUCACCUGGUGCCGUGGCACUGCAUGGUACCCAUAGGUGCUCUCAAGGACCUGCAGCAGGAACCUUAUGCUCUACCAUGGAAAUUCCAAAAGGUGAAUGUCUUGCAGGCGUCUCCGACUCAAGCUGUGCUCUCUCUCUUCUGUCAACACAUCCAUGGAGUAGCAGCUCUGCCAGGAAUGGUGCUCCGGUAAUCCCAGCAACCAGCAUCUUCGACAGCCCCGGAACGGUCGAUUCAGUCAUCCCUAGCAAUUACGUUACCAGCUUAUGGGGGGUCAGAGAUCAUGGAGGCAGGACUAGCUCACACAAGGUCCUGCGUGAAACAGUGGAAGCAACCGCGACAGUUGAUGCUCAUUUUUCAGGUCAGGCAGAGUUUGGUCUGCAGGAAAAUGGACAGUGUCUCGACCACAGUUUGGGUAGCGCAUAUGGCCAUUCAGGUCUUCGCAUGCAUUGGUAACUGUAGACUCUAUAAUCAAUUCAUGUCAAAGGAACCUAAUCAUGAGGAUUGGAUGGAGCAUCACGAACCAAAGCUUUCAUAUUGCCUAGUUCUAGUUCUAAAGAUCUUAUGCCUCUCAACUAUUAUAUGAAGCUUAUGUUACUAAGAAGCAGCAUUAGUAUGGUGUGAUGUGUGUUUGCUAAUAUAGCUUUGGCAAUGUUGAAGUCA